GGGAAAAACUCAGGUGUUCGAGUGGUUUGCUCGAUUAAAAGAUGGCGGCAUGUCGAUUGAUGACAAACCUCGCUCUGGACGUCUAUCAACUGCCCGAAUCGACGAAAAUGUUGAAAAAAUUCGAGAGCUUGUGCUGCAGACCGUCGACUGACAAUCGAUCAACUAUCCGUGAGGAGGUUGCUGCCAAGUUCCUCAAUCAAAAAGAACACCGAGUUGAAACAUGUCGUGCUUUGAAACAACAGCUUGAAUCUGAUCGAAAUUUUCUGUCAAAGAUCAUCACUGGCGAUGAGCCUUGGUGCUACGUUUAUGACCCAGAAACGAAGCAGCAGUCAAGUCAAUGGUACACGCCACGUCACCCCGUCCAAAAAAAUGUCGUCAAGAAAAAUCAAACAUCAAAACAAUGCUGAUUUGUUUUUUAGAUAUCAAAAGCCGUAGUCC